CGCUUAUAUCGGUUGCAUGCUUUUUAAGUUAGUUUUAAGCUUAGUCUUGUUUUUCAAUAUCAUUGCAAUCGCAAACUUAAGUAAUCAAAGCCCAACUCAAUCUCGAGACCGCAUCAUCAAAGGCUGCUGAUUCAUCAAAGAGAGUAGAAUUUGUAGUCAAUUAGUGGCAGCAUGCUUCAUUCAUCACAUUCACAAUGAGCUCGCGAGCGUGUUCUGCAAUCGAUAGUAAAAUUUAUGACGUCACGUGAAGCUUUUCUUUUCUUCUGUUUUUAAGUUUGUGUUCAAAAAUCAAAGAAGCGACCGUGAAGAGCGAAAAUAAAAACUUUCGCGACGAGAUUGUAUGAGUGUUGAGAGUAGAAAAGACGUUGGAAAGAAUCAAGCAGUGUUUCGUUUAUAACUUUUUUUCCUUCUUCUCAAUUUAUUUGUGUUUUGAUUUGGUAGUGAACGGUUGAAACGAAGAAACUUUCAUGUAGACUUUUAAAAGUGAAAUAAAAAUGGCGACACGCAAAACAAAACGUUGCCUUGGUGAUGGUAAAAGUCCAUCAAUAAGUGAAAUGAACAUAAUUAAAUUAUCAAGAAUUGUUAAAAAGAAUAUGUUUAUAGUGUUUCUGAUAAGUUUUGUUGGAUUAUGGGCGUUGAGUUCAGCGCAGCCACAAUAUCAAGGCUACAAUCCAUUGCUUGGCGAUCGUGAUCCGAGAUUCUAUUCACGUCCUGGUGUUGACUACAAACCACCAAAUCCUGGCGACGAUGAGUACAGAACAUAUUUCCACAACAAUCGUCGUUAUGGAUAUUAUCAACCUAAUGGAUAUGGUCAAACAUAUCCGGGACAAAAUCGACCUGAACAAUAUCCAGGAAACACUGGGCUUGGUGACGAUCGCUUCAAAUACGACCCUAAUAAUCCAACAAAUGUUCAAACACCUUUUCCCGGUGUUCUUGGUGGAUUUCGUGAAGAUCUUCAAGGAAAGAUAAGACGCGACAGUUUAUUAUUAGAUCGCGAUAUUUUCGUGCAGUCAAAUUAUGGAGAAAUUCAAGGAUUUAAAGUUCAUCUUUAUGACAAUCCUGAUCCCAAUUCAUAUUAUCGACCAUGGCAUCAAAAUGUUGAUCGAAUCUUUGGCGAAUGUUCAACUUUUCUUGGGAUUCCCUACGCUCUCCCUCCAACAUAUGAAGGUCGUUUUAAGCCGCCUAGAAGACAUAGAGGUUGGCAACUUCUACAAGCUGUUGACUACGGGCCAGCAUGUCCACAACCAGUUCAAUAUGUUGGGGCAACUAAAGGCAUUCGCGAUAUGGACGAAGAUUGUCUUUACUUGAAUAUUUUCUCACCAAAUACGAAAGCGGGAGUUGCACAGAAAUAUCCGGUGAUGAUUUACAUUCAUGGUGGUGAUUUUGUACAUGGAGCUUCAAAUCUUUUUCCUGCUCAUAUGAUGGCAGCUUUUUAUGAUGUUGUCGUUGUGACUUUUAAUUAUCGACUUGGAGCUCUUGGCUUCUUAUCAACUGCUGAUGAUAAUAGUCCUGGAAAUUAUGGAAUUCUUGAUAUGAUUGCAGCGGUUCAGUGGGUUCAUGAAAACAUUGAUUAUUUUAAUGGAGACAGAAAUUUGAUCACACUCUUUGGACCUGAUGCUGGUGCUUCAGCAGCUGGUAUUUUGAUGGUGGCACCACAAACAAGAGACAUUGUCACAAGAGUCAUUGCACAAUCUGGAUCAGCAUUGGCUGGUCAAGCUUUUAUCUACGAUCGAUAUCGAGCACAAAACACAAGUCGAGUGUUCGGGCAACUUGUCGGGUGUUCGAUUGAAUCUUCAUGGAAACUUGUGAAUUGCUUGUCGAAAGGAAGAUCAAUCUACGAACUUGGAAAUGCUGAAUUUCAACCACAUGUUGGCCUUUAUCCAUGGGCACCUGUUAUGGACACCAAUUUCACUUUUCCUGGUGAUAAUUGGUAUGAAGGUUGGCGUGAAGCUGAUUGGCAUUUUAUGAAUGAACUUCCUGAAGAUCUUGUGAGGAAACGAAAGUAUAAUCGAGGGUUACAUUACAUGACUGGAGUGACAACACAAGAAGCUGCAUAUUUGAUUUAUAACAAUGAAACUUUGAGUCCGAAUUAUGAAGUUGAUUGGAUUUUUAUGGAACAGAAGAUUAAAGAAUUCGUUUUUCGUUAUAAUUAUACUUUAAAUCCUAUUGGAGUAUACGAAGCCAUUAAAUUUAUGUACACUUAUUGGCCAGAUCCCAAUAACAAAACUCACAUUCGUGAUCAAUAUGUUCAUAUGUUAUCCGAUUUUCUAUUUCGAGCGCCAACUGAUAAAAUGGUGAAACUUCUUGUUGAAAGAAAAGUUCCAGUUUAUUAUUAUGUUCUUAAUACAACAGUCGAAGCAUUCCGUCAUCCUGAAUGGCGUAAAUAUGCACAUGACAAUGAAUAUUACUUCCUAACUGGUGCACCUUUUAUGGACGUUGAAUUCUUUCCCAAAAAGCUUCGUUUGGAGCGAACAAUGUGGACUGACAAUGAUCGCAAUAUGAGUCAUUUCUUCAUGAAAACCUACACAGAUUUCGCACGAUAUGGAAAUCCAACACCAUUAGGGGAAGUUCUCGGUCUGCACUUCGAUAAAGCAUUUAAUGGCGAAUUGAGAUAUCUCAAUAUCAACACAACUUACAAUUCUUCGAUACUUUUAAAUUAUCGACAAACUGAAAAUGCUUUCUGGUCAGAGUAUCUUCCAACUGUCAUUGGUGUUCUUGUUCCAACUUAUCCCCCAUCAACUGAAUUCUGGUGGGAGCCAAAAGAGCCUCUUCAAAUUGCUUUUUGGAGCAUGUCAAUUGCUUGUCUCAUUCUUCUUGUAAUUCUCGUCAUGUGUUGCAUCUUAUGGCGAAAUGCGAAGAAGGAGGUGGACAUGCAGAAAUUUUACGACGAUCCUUUUGUGGAUGCGGUCGAAUCUGAGAUGAAUGGAGGUCUCGAUAAUCAUCUCGUUCAGUCUCAACCUUUAAGAGCACGAGACGUUUAUCAGUACAAAAAUACGCCAUCAAAAUUUCCAAAGUCUCAAAGCGAUUCGCAAUCUGUUCGGUCGCCAAGUUCAUUAGGAGCUACAUACACAACAAAAGCAGGAAGUCAAAGCUCGUUAAAGAGCGCGAUCUCACUUAAAGAGUCACCAUCAUUCCCCAUAACCAAGGAUGUUCCAUUCGAAAAGAAGGAGAAAUACUCUGAUCGUGACAUUGACAUGAAGUCUGAUAAAUCGGAACUCACAGAGAAAGAUUCGAUUAUCAGUUCCACAACCACCACAAACACGUCUUCAAAGCGAGAUCUACUGACUAGCAGUCCCGUUCCAAGGCCAAGAACACAGAUCAGCAGCAACAAAUCAAGUCGAACUCUUCUAGAUGGUGGAAUUCCACAAACAGAAGUGUAAAUAGAGGUUAGAUUAAGUUUUAAGAGAUAGAUUAAAUUUUUUUAUAAGAUUAGAUUAACAAUUGGAUGAUAAGAUUAAAUGUUCAUGUAUAUAAACGUCAAAUUCAUUCCAUUUCGCAGACUCCGUCACUACUUAGCAAUUAAGUAGGUAUAUAGCAUAAAAGUAUCUUUUUGUCAAACAAGAAGAAAGUUUUAAUCUUAAAUUUAAGCACAAAGUGCCUUUGUACAUUCCAAUAAUGUCGCUAUGAUUUAAAAGAAAAAAAAUUACAAAAUGUUAAACAUUGCUUUAAAACUUAAAAUAUUUAUUAAGAAAAAAUUAUUCUAUAAUUUGAAUUUUGUGUAUUUGUGUGUCUCUGUUAUCAGUGCUCCGUCCAACAUAAAUGUUUUAGUAAUUUAAGAGAAAUAAUUUUUGUUAGGCCAAAUCGUGCAAAUAACGAAAGAAAAACGUUGUAAAUAGAAGUUUCUUAAAUGACGAUCUAUUUUCAUAAAAAGCUUUCUGUUGUAAAUAGCAUUUAACAAUGUUUAAGUUAGUUAAAUUAAUAUCUAAGUUUCAUAAAUACAUUCUUAAGGUUUGACCUUAAUUUAAUUAAGAAACAAAACACUUCAUUACCAUUUAAAGUAUUAUUUUGUAGUGAGAAUUUUCUUUAUGACGAAAAUAAUUUUUUUUGCUGCUUCUUUUUGCUUUUGUGUUGUUGUAAAAUUUACUCAACAUUUCUUUAGUUAACGUAUUGAACCAUCUUUCAAGAAACAGUUUAAAAGGUUUUUUAUCAUUGAGAAAGGAAAAUUCAUAGAAAUAUUAGAUAGUAGAUAAGUUAACGUGUAAGUUUUUCGCUUCCAAAAAGGAAACAAUCAAGAAUGAAACAUAUUUUUACCUUUCCAUAAGCAUCACAAUAAAAGAUUUAAGAAAAACUGUUGAUAAUAAAAGAAAACUGAAAGGAAAUUAAUAAAAUGAAAUAUUUUUUGACAAAUAAAAAGA